UAUACUAUGAACACCAAAUUUGGGUUCUUUUUGUGAUGAUAACUCAUGUUGAUGAUUGGACUUAAAAAAAAAGCCGUGAUUGCAGAGUAAUAUCUUGUUUCUUCUUAUGCCUUUUCAUUCAACCAAUGGCCUGAACUCUUUGGCAUUGAACUGAUACCGAGGUUUUGUUAAAACAAGGAGCUCAAUUUAGAGUUGUAAGGAAAUGGUACACUAUGCUUUGUGGAGCUCCAGCUGAUUUUAGCCCAAUACAGGCACAAGCAACAGAGACUAUGCUUGGAGAACAAAUUUUUAGAGUUAUUUAGUGAGUUCGAAUCCAAAAGUCAUGUGUCACAAGUGUAUUCAGAACAACUAUUAUCAUAUUUACAAUUCGUGGCUAAGAUGUGGUGCAGAAAUGUUGGGAUCUUGGUUGCAAAAGAGGUCUCAAAAUGUUGAUUUUAAAUUAAAAAAACUUUCACUUAAUCAUCGUUUGCUACAUAAAAUUGUGAGAAAAAGUUUGUAUAAAAAGAUUGUAAGUGUAGUAUUAUGCAGUGGAUUGUCAAGAACAACAGAGAUGAUGUUGUGCGAGAAGGCUUAGAAGUGUUGGCAAUAGAAUGGAGUUCAUCUAAUCCCUCGCAAGAUGAAGCAGUGAAAAUUGUUCUUGACAUUUUACAACCUCAUGAAAAUCUUAAAAAUCUCACAAUAAGAAAUUAUGGAGGCCAAAAACUUUCGUCUUGGAUAGGAGAUCCAUCAUUCUCCACCAUGGUGGAUUUGGAAUUGGAUGGAUGUGAAAACUGCACAACCUUGCCUUCGCUAGCACUGAUGGGCUCACUUCGGAACCUGACAAUCAGAUUGAUGGGAAAAAUAAAAAAGAUAGGUGGUGAGGUUUAUGGAGAGGAUUGCUCAAAGUCUUUUCAAUCGUUGCAGACUCUUUGUUUUGAGGAUUUGCAGGAGUGGGAGUAUUGGGACCCUGUAGAUAAUGACCAUGUCAAAAGAUACCCUCGUCUCCAUAAGCUUUCAAUUUCUCAAUGUCCUAAACUCUCUGGAAGAUUACCUAAUCAUCUUCCUUUGUUGGGUAAUCUUGUGAUUGAUGAGUGUGAGCAGUUAGUGGUUUCAUUUUCAAGCCUUCCAAUGCUCAGAUCAUUAGAAAUAAAUAGAUGCAAAGGCAUGGUUUGUUGUAGCCCAGUUGAUUCAGAGGCGCUAAACUCCAUGAGUAUAGGUGGAGAAUCAAACUUUCCAGUGUUUAGAAGUUGGUCAAGGGAGGGAUUUCAGAAACUAGAACAUCUGUCGAUUGUUGGCUGUGAAGAGCUCAUACAUUUAUGGCCAAAUAAGAUUUGUCCAGAGAAUGCACCACAAGAGUUGAGUUGCUUCACCUCCCUUCAAGAGCUGCAUUUAAAAGAACUCCGGAAUCUUGUUUCGUUUCCAGAUGGGUUACUUUCAAUCUUGAGCAGAGUUACUAUCAGCCAAUGUGACGCCCUAACAUCCUUGCACGAGGGGUUGAAGCAUAGCCAUGCACAUCUCAAGUUCUUAAUGGUUUAUGAUUGUCCUUCUCUAACAUUCAUUGUGAGAGGCCGUUUACCUACAUCUCUAAAAGAGCUUUCUAUUUUUAGAUGUGAAAAUUUGGUGUGCGUUUUGGAUGAUAGAGAAGAUAUUUCUACGUCUUCUCCAUCUUCUUCGUAUUCAUUGGUACAUGGUGACGACGUGGAGAAUACUAGCACAUCUCUUCUCUACAAAUUAAGCAUACAGGAAUGCCAUUCUCUGACGCGUUUAUCCUCAACAGACCAGUUACCUUCAACACUCACGGAGCUUUCUCUUUCAAACUGUUCAAGUCUCAGAACCUUGGGACAGUUAUCAAAGGGACUUGUGUCCCUUUUUAUUAGCAGCUGCCCAAAGCUAGAGUCACUAGUGUCUGGGAGUUUUGACUGUAACAUGCCUAUUGAGAUUCUUUCUAUCCAGGGAUGUGAAAACCUUAAAUCCAUGCCGGAGGGCUUACACACUCUUUGCAAACUAAGUUUUCUGAAUAUCAGUUAUUGCCCAAGUUUUGUUUCGUUUCCAAAAGAUGGGUUUCCUGACACUGAUUUAGAAGUAUAUAUCUUUGGGUGUGAGAAACUACAAGCCCUACCUAGCCGCAUACACACCCUCAAAUCUCUUCAAAAGCUAUCCUUAUUGCAAUGUCCUAAUAUCGAAUCCAUUACAGCAGAAGAUUUCCCCUCCAACCUAAAAUCACUUACACUUCCUCUCAGUAUCUACAAGCCACUGACUGAGUGUGGUUGGCACAAACUUACCUCUCUUAUAUGACUCUCAAUUUCGGGAUUAUCUUUUCCAGAGGAGGAGAUCAUAGAAAUAAAGUUUCCCAUCUCUCUAAUACAUCUGAGCAUCGUUAGCUUCCCGAAAUUGAAAUACCUGUCUUCCAAAACUUUCCAAGUUCUUACACCUCUUGAAUCUUUGACUUUCAGUGGUUGCCCAAAUCUCAGAUCCUUGCCAGACCUUCCAUCCUCACUUUUGUCACUAUAUAUUUAUAAUUGUCCUUUAAUAGAAAAACAGUGCAAAAGGAAUGAAGGACAAGAAUGGUCCAAGAUAGUUCACAUCCCUCGCGUUGAGGUAAAUAAUAAACUCAUCUACACUCUGGAAGAGGAAAUGAGCUGAAUCCGAUACUAAUUCCUUCCACCAUUGUAAUCAAUUUAGGUUCUGUGUAGCAGAAGUUCUCCUUGCUCUUUAAUGCCUCCAUAUACUUGGGAUUGUUUACUGGAACCUUAAGCCAGAAAAUGUUCUUGUAUGGGAAGAUGGACAUAUAAUGCUCUCUGACUUUGGUCUUACCCUUCAUUGUGCUGUCAGCCUAACAGUAGUGAAGUCGUCAACACUCGGGUCUGAAAUUUAUUCAUUUGACAUGCCUGCACCUAGCCCUCGUGUAUCAAACCAUCAUGUCUUCCCACUACAACUUGUUUUUCUCCUCAAUCCUUUUGAAAAUCCAAGAAAGUUCAUAAACCAAAGAAUGAAACUGGGAACAGUUACCCCACUGCCAGAACUGAUUGCUGAGCCAACCAACAGUCGCUCCAUGUCGCUUGUGGGAACUCACGAGUACCUGGCGCCUGAAACCAUCAAAGGUGAAGGGAAUGCGGUGCUGUUGAUUGGUGGAAUUUUGGGAUCUUUCUGUAUAAGCUAUUAUUUGGUAAAACUCCCUUCAAGGGCUCCGAAAACAGGGCUACCCUGUUUAAUAGUCCAAAUAAUUUCUCUUUCACAGCUAUAAUUUUUGUUGUCUCUGACUUUCAAUUUUAAUUACAAAUUUGGUAAACAUUUUCAUUUCUAAUGCUGGCCGAAACUCUAGACAUUGAGCACAUAUCAAAGUUCAACUUUAAAAAAUUCAAUUGGUUUGUGUUUGGUGGACAUGUGGCUUUUCUUCUAAUAAAUCAUAGAACUCCUUUCGGAUGUUGAAGGCAAUGAUAAUGCACCAUGGUUUGCUCAAUAAAGUCUGUGCUUGAAGAAUGAAUUUUUGGUGUAAUAUAGAGAGUUCUUAGUAAGAAAAGUAAUCAGAACUAUUACUGCAUUGUAGUUAGAUAAUUUAGGUGGAUUCAAGAAACCAACUGUGUUUAUGACUUGAAAAUUUCUUUAUUGAAGGUUUCUGCUAUUCCUUUUUUAAUUUUCCAAGAGGUGCUGCUGUUCAAAUGUUGCAAUUUAGUAGAGUUAUGACAAAUGUUGGUGAAGAUUCUAUUGAAGCCUUCAAAAGUUUAAUAUGAAUGAUUGUCCUUUUUCAGAAAACGCAGGGCGAAGGGAAUGAAAGACGAGAGUUGUCGAAGAUAUAUAGCCACAAUAUUCCUUGGUUUUACAAGGAACUAAAGCACCAAAUAAUUCUAUUUGCAUGCAUUGUCUGUCCAAUGUCCAAUGUUGAAGCACACCAAAUAAACAAAACUGUGUUACAUUAUCUCAACAUUUGUCUUGAGAAAUUUCGGAUUUUGUGUUGUAAAAACAUUACAUCAGUUACCGAAGGUCUACACACUCUUCGUAAUCUUCGUUAUUUUGGUAUAAAAAAUUGCCCAAGUCUUGUUUGUUUACCGGAAGACGGCCUUCCUAAUACUGUUUCAGAAGUGCUUAUCAAUAAUUGUAGGAAGCUCAAAGCUCUUAUCUCUUCAAUGCCUAGCCUUAUAUGAAUGUCCAAAUAUGGCUUUCUCUCCUGAACAAAUUGAACUCUGCACUUUACUAACCUCUUGUUCAUGAACUCAGCUUCCUGGAAAUUAAUGCUCCACUGGAAUAUACUGAAAUAACAACAGAGUACAAAAUGGACUCAUAUGAUAUUAUGUU